AGUGUCACGCAUCAAGAAAAUUUACAUGUCAAAUCCAUUAUCUUUUCUAAAAAUAACAGCGUUCCAACUGUAACUGACAAAGUAAUGAGGAUCAAUCACCAAAUCUCAACAAAAGGAUUCAAAAACUUCAUUGAGUUUAAGAGAUGAGUAAUGUUAGGGGCAGUCGCCUCUUGCACUCUUCGGCCAACACUUCCCCUUUCAUUGGGCCACCAAUUAAACCGAUCCCCAUUACAGCCAAACAGGACAAAAACAACCAAGCUAAACUAGUAAUUAGAAAUGAAUUCAAGAUUAGCAAUUUAGCAUCUGACUUUAAAUCUAACUUGGCCACCGUGAUUUCAAGACUUGAGGCAAGCGGAGAAGGUGCCAGUGGGAACAAAAUUGGAGUCACCGAAAGCAUGCUUCAGAGAGAAUUGGAUCUUGGAGUCAGACUCCAACUCCGAAUGUCUCUUCCGAAAGGAUCUAGUAGCAGUAGGAAUGGAUGCGGGUUCAGGGAAGCGAGGUGGAGUGCCUCCAGACCGAAUUCCUCGUCAUCUAGGAGAAGCUCAUCGGAUUCGAAUUGGAAAAAAGGGAGGAAGAAGAGCGAGAGAGUGACGAAGAAAGCUAAUAUCACUCUCUUCUUCACUUUUCUGGUUUUCCUGUUAGAGGAGGAAUCGACGGGUUUUGUGGAGGGAACAAGACUACAAGGGUGAUUGGAUUCCUCAAAACGACGUAUAAUACUUUGUCGUUUCACUUUUUUUGGUUAGUCCCUGAACUUUUUUUUUUCCAAGUCUGUAUAAAUUUAAUAAAAAGUCAAUUUCGAU